CCAGAUUCUGGCCUUUGUUACAUAGUUGGCUUUCUGAGAGCCCAUAGUGUUUGUGUUCCAUGGUAUCAAAUGAGAAGCUUGAUGCAUAGAGUCGACAUGAUUGGUCAGAUAUUGUGGCAAUACAAAAAAUAUGCUGUGCCAUGGUCCAACCAUCUCUGGCAUUUGGAUGGGCAUCACAAGCUUAUCCUCUGGGGGAUUGUCAUCCAUGGACUCAUUGAUGGUUACUGUUGA